AUGAACGACCCUGGUCUUGACGAUGCUAUCGCCGACGAGGCGGGAGCUUUAGAUCAUACUUCCAGUCACAAAAAGGAAAAUCCCGACCAAGAUGAAAAAUCUUCCGGACCCCAGUAUCCGCAAGCUGCUCGGUGGUGGCUUGCAAACACCGCGUACCCAUUGAUGGCUGGCACCUUUGGGCCAAUGGCUAGCGCGUUUAAUAUCUGUUCUCUCUCACAGCCAUGGCGAAUGGACCUCACCAGCAGUGGCGGGAUAGACGUAUCGGACCCCAAAUGGGUCACUUCGAUAAAUGCAGUCUCGUUGGUCUUCGCUCUAAUAGCCAAUCUGGCCCUCUCGCUCAACAUGGCGCGACGCAUUCGCUUCGAGAUUGCCCAGCCCAUCAUUAUUAUCGGGUGGUAUGUCUCGUCGGCGCUAUUGAUUAGCAUCCUCAUCCCAUUCGGCGUGAUGAUGUACAAGCCCGAGAACAACGGCCGCAUAUACGCCCAGAGCUACUACUACGGCGCCUUUGCCGCAGGAAUCUACUUUAUCAUUUCAUCCUUCAUGGUCGUAACGGGGUACGGCGCCUGGCGGGGCCACUACAGCCGCAAGUACAAUUUGACAACCAGCCAGCGGACGUUGAUGCUGCAGACGAUCAUUUUCUGCUUCUACCUUCUUGGCGGUGCAGCUGUCUUCGCCAGAAUAGAGCACUGGCGUUUUCUAGACGCUCUCUACUGGGCAGACUACACGCUACUCACUAUUGGAGUUGGUAACUUUGCGCCAACCACACAUCUCGGCCGUGGACUUCUCUUCCCAUAUGCGGUUGGAGGAAUCAUUAUCUUGGGUCUCAUCAUCUCCUCAAUGCGAACUCUCAUGCUCGAAAAGGGUCGCCAGAAGAUCGGCGAUAUUUUAACAAAUCACACGCACGACUUCCUCACCAAACAAGCUUUUUCCGAUCGUUCUCGUCUACACGGAAUUGUACCGUCCCUCGACGCAAACAACGCCGAAGCAGAAGGAAGGAGUGAGCGAGAACAGCGCAAAAUGGAAUUCAUUGCCAUGCGCCAGGUGCGAAAGCUAGCAACAGUCCAACACAAGUGGAUAUCUCUUCUUGUGUCGUUCACGCUUUGGAUGACGAUGUGGCUUAUCGGCGGUGUGGUCUUCUGGCGCUCCGAAUCGCACGCGCAAUGGUCAUAUUUCCAGGCUCUGUACUUUGCAUACACGACUCUCCUGACUAUCGGAUACGGUGAUCUAUACCCGAUCAGCAGUUUGGGGAAGUCGUUCUUUGUGUUCUGGUCUCUCCUUGCUGUUCCAACCAUCACGAUUCUCAUAUCGAGUAUCGGUGACACGCUAAUCCGAUUGGUUCGAGAUGUUACUCUUUUCAUCGGCGAGAUCACGAUCUUGCCAGGCGAUCAAUCCUUCGUCGACCGGAUCAAGGAUUUAUCGAAGAUUUCUUGGGUCGGGUGGUGGCUGGACGAGACAACGGGCGAGAAUAAAGAAAAGAACCGACGUGGGUCUGGGAGCGACUACGGCCGCACGCCUCUCGAGGCCGAGGAGCAGAAGAAGGAAAAGCAAGCCCAGGAGCGCGGCGAUGUCGCGGCGGAAAACAUCCAUCACUAUCACUAUCUGAUCUUUCGCGAGUUGCGCAAAAUGAUGGAACACGCUUCCAGCAACCCUUCCAAGGAGUUCGAUUAUUUGGAGUGGGAGUACUUUCUUGAUUUGAUCGGUGGCGCGAACAGGCUUAACGGAGAUGGAGAUGCGGAGAAGUCUCAGACUCGCGAUUGGAACUGGCUUGAUAAGAAAAAUCCUUUGCUUGGACACAAGACUGAAGUUGAAUGGUUGCUUGGGGCUUUAACAGACGCCCUUGGCCGGGAGUUAAAAAGGGCAAGUCAGGUUCACUCUUCGGCUGAAAGCUCAGAUGGGUCAAAGGAGAUCGAUGAAAAGUGA